UGUCAGAAGACGGCACACAGUGUAUUCGGUUUUUUUCACGGAGAGGGACUCCAUACCAAGUGUCGCUGUGCACGGGGCCUCCGUUCCUGGAUCCCGCGACUUUGCGUGUGAUUGAAAGAAACAAUUGAAUUAUGACCGACAAGACCCUGCCUCCAUUCACCAUCCAUGGUGGGAGCACCUCCUCUCUGGACACCCUUGUGCGGAAAAAACACAUGUCGAAGUCCCGUGACCGUUCUGUGUUGUGUGGCGUGGCUGCGGCAGUUGUUCUGGCUGUGUUGGUCAGUGGGAGCAUCGUGCUUGCCUUCUACAUGGGAGAGAUAGCCAAGAAACCCAAGUCCCCUGAAGAAGUAUCAGAGUCCACUAACGAUGAGUACGAGGAGAGUCUCCUGGAGCUGGUUGGCGGGAUGAACUGUACGGAAGUCACGGAGGUUCUGGAGAAGCUGCAGCAGGGAGAGACACGUGAUCUGGGGCCAGCCGUGGAGGUCAGCCGACAUGUGGAGUUUAAGGAGUACCUGCGGGGCCGUGCUUCAGAGAUACAGUGUCAGGUUGAUGAAACCUACUUUUACGGAGACAAGCUUGACGCCGACUCAGAGGAGACCAGGGCUAAGCGCAGCAUCCGCUACUGCCCGUCGUACUGGGUGGGGGAUGGGUGGUGCGACCCGGGCUGCAACACUGCCGGGUACCGGUACGAUGACGGCGACUGUUGUCCUGACACGUGCGGUGCCAGGCGACGUCGCUACAGGUGUGGAAUCGCUGGCUACAACUGUCAUGACCAGAGCGGUCCCCCUGCUGCCUUCACGUCUUCCACCCGGCUGUGUUACCGCUGGUACCCGGACGGGGACGGUGGGCAGUGUGGCGGGGGAGCGGCCCGUCAUCUCUGCGCCAACGUCGACCGGAUGACCCCGUACUACAGGGACGACACCGACAACCGCGGGGGAGGCUGCCGGAUGAGCUGGAGGAUUGAAUCCAGCUACAGUGCCUCGUGGUUCCGAAACGUACAGCUGUGCUACCGCUGGUACGCGGACGGGGACGGCGGACAGUGCGGGUCAGCAGGCGGGGGCGGGCCGAACGGUGAAUUCUGCGCUGCCGUUAAUCAGUGGACAACGUACUACCGGGAUGAUACCGAUCGCCGCGGCGGUGGCCGCCAAUUUAUGAGAUGCUAG